AUGCAGGCUCUUAACUUACUUUCUUCUCCUGAGGGCCGGCUGUGUUUGUAUGAAGAUGGGACAGAACUGACUGAAGGCUACUUCAGACAUGUUGCAGACAAUACGGACCUUGUACUGCUAGCCCCGUGGGAGACCUGGCAGGGUUUUGUCAGUGACAUCGAUCACAUCUUAAACACAUUUUACACACACAAAAAGGACUUUGUUGAGGCUGCACAAAAGCUACUAUCAGAAGAGCAGGCUCCCAAGAGACAGAAGCUUCUAGUGGAUCUCAUUCAAAACGUCAGUGAUAACAUUUUGGCUGAAAGCAGAGAGGAAGACACAAGGUGGUUUGAAGGUAUAGAGUCUCGCUUUAAGAAUAAAUCAAGUUACAUGAGGUACAGUUGUGAAAGCAGAAUACGAAGUUAUAUGAAAGAGGUUAGCAGUUAUACUUCAGCUGUUCAUCCAGCGGCACAAGCAGAAUAUAAAAGAAUAACUGACUCUAUGUUGGAUAAACUGAAGUCUGUUAAAUAUAAUGGCUGUUACUUUGACAGAAGAGAGGAGGAGGUGGUCCGCCUCUGCACUACUGAAGGAUGGUUCUCCUGUCAAGGUCCUUUUGAUGAGGAUUACUGCCUGUAUAAACAUUCCAUCAAUCCCUACAGUAACAGGGAGAGCAGAAUCCUCUUCAGUACCUGGAAUCUCGAUCAUAUGAUAGAGAAGAAACGUACCAUUGUCCCAACCCUUGCAGAAGCGAUCAAAGAACAAGAUGGAAGGAAAGUGGACUGGGAAUAUUUCUAUCGGUUGCUGUUUACUCUGGAUAAUCUAAAAUUAGUGCAUAUUGCUUGCCACAAAAAAGCCAGCCAUAAUCUCACCUGUGACAAAACUAAAAUAUAUACCAAAAGAAAGCGUAAGACUUUCUUUAGAAAGCGCCUUUCCUGAAGGUGGCUCUUUGCUGUGGUUUUCUAAAUGAUAUAAAAGUAAAAACUUAGAUUAGUAGCACCUUAAAGACUAACAAAACAUGUAGCUGGUAUGAGCUUUCGUAGGCGCAAUCCACUUCUUCAAAGCACCCA